AUGGAACUCAACCGAGAACAUUUUCGCGCCAUAAUUUUUUACAACUUUCAGAGACAAUUAUCGAAACAAGAAUGCCUUGCUGAGUUACUGUCUGCACUAAGUGCCUAUUCAUUCAUACUGUCUGUUUUCGGCAACGAAGCGCCACAUCAGUCGACAAUUUCCCGUUGGUAUGGAGAAUUCAAACGUGGACGGGUGAGUUUUAGCGACGAUCCCAGGGUAGGUGCACCAAAAACGGCAGUCACCCAGGAAAACGUCGAUGCUGUGCGCAAACUCAUCAUUGAAGAUAGACAUGUGACAUAUCGCGAGAUUGAGGCGUCCUUGAAGAUCUCAAAGACCUCAAUUCAAAAAAUUUUACAUGAAGAAUUAGGAGUAAGAAAACUAGUUUCUCGUUGGAUACCCCACCUGUUGAGUGAAGAGCAGAAAGCAGUCAGGGUUAAUUGGUGUCAAAAAACUCUUGACCGUUUCAAUUCCGGAAUCUCAAAAAAUGUGUACAGCAUUGUUAGUGGUGAUGAAUCGUUGAUUUACUGUUAUGAACCAGAAAAUAAACGACAGUCGGCUGUUUGGGUGUUCCAAGGUGAAGAAAAGCCAACAAAAGUCAUCCGUUCUCGAAGUGUUUCGAAAAAGAUGGUCGCGAAAUUUGUGUCAAAAGCGGGUCAUAUUGCAACAAUUCCUCUUAAUGAGCAAAGAACUGUUACUGCGGAUUGGUAUACCACCAUUUUUUUGCCAAAGGUCAUCACCGAGCUUCGAAAAAUCAACCCCGAAAGAAGAAUCAUCCUCUACCAAGACAAUGCAAGCUCGCACAGAUCCCAAAAAACAAGGCAGUAUUUAACGGAAGAAAACGUGGAACUAUUGGACCAUCCUCCAUAUAGUCCCGAUCUAAGUCCUAACGAUUUCUUUACUUUACCGAAAAUUAAAAACAGACUGCGCGAAGAAGCAGUUGACGCAUUCAAAAAUGCCGUUUUGGAUCUGCCAGCAAACGAGUGGAAUAAGUGCUUCGAAAAUUGGUUCGAGCGCAUGCAGAUGUGUAUUAAUCUUCGUGGAAAAUACUUCGAAAAACAAUAA